CUCCUUCCAAAGCCCUGGACCUCGAGUAUCCUCAGGUGGUCCCAGCAUGGACACCGGGGUACUACUCCUGUUGACAGGCCUGGCCUCUUGCUGUGGAUUCAACCUGGAAACGGAAAACCCUACAAUUUUCCAGAUGGGUGGAGCUGGGUUUGGCCAGAGCGUGGUUCAGUUCCAGAGUUCCCAGUUGGUGGUCUCAGACCCUCUGGAGAGGGAAUCAGAGGCGACCACGGGACGACUAUAUAAGUGUGAAUACGGCACCAGGCACUGUGCUCCCAUCCCCCUGCAGAUCCCCGAAGAGGCGGUGAACAUGUCCCUGGGUCUCUCCCUGGCUGUUGGUUCCAGCCCUUCCCAGCUCCUGGCCUGUGGGCCCACGGUGCACCGAGCCUGCGGGGAGAACAUGUAUCUGAAUGGUUUCUGCUUCUUGCUGGGGGCAGACCUGCAUUCGAACUGGAGGCAGAUCCCACCGGCCCUGCAGGACUGCCCAAAGCAAGAGAGCGACAUUGCUUUCCUCAUCGAUGGCUCUGGCAGUAUUAACCACAGGGAUUUUGAAAAGAUGAAGCAAUUUGUCCGUGCAGUGAUGGACCGAUUCCAGGGAACCAGCACGCUGUUUGCCUUGAUGCAGUUCUCCAGCUCGUUCGAGACACAUUUCGCCUUCAGUGAUUUUAAGAACAAUCCGAACCCAAAAGACCUGGUCGACCGAAUUUCUCAGCUGGGUGGUCUCACAUUCACUGCCUCUGGCAUCAAGAAAGUGGUGGAAAAGCUAUUCAACCCCUUAUCGGGAGCCCGGGAAGAUGCCAACAAGAUCCUCAUCGUCAUCACAGAUGGAGAGAAAUAUGGAGAUUCCCUGAAAUACAAUCAGGCCAUUUCACUGGCUGAAGCUAAGGGGAUCAUCCGCUAUGCAAUUGGGGUGGGAGAUGCCUUUGAUUUCAGUUCAAAGGAGGAGGAACUGAUCACCAUUGCAUCCAGCCCAGCCCAAGACCACGUGUUCCGGGUUGAUAACUUCGGGGCCCUGGAUAACAUCCAGCAGCAGCUGCAGGACAAAAUCUUUGCCAUCGAAGGAACCCAGAUGGGGAGCAGUAGCUCUUUCCGGCACGAGAUGUCUCAGGAGGGCUUCAGCGCUCUGCUAACUCCUGAUGGGCCGGUCCUGGGAGCCGUGGGAAGCUUUGACUGGUCUGGGGGAGUCUCCCUGUACCCCCCAAAGGAGGGCUCCACCUUCAUCAACGUCUCCCAGAAGAGCGGGGACAUGAAUGAUGCUUACCUGGGUUACUCCAUUGAUGUGGCUACUCAGCAGGGGAUUCAGGGCCUGGUUUUGGGGGCCCCCCGGUACCAACACACGGGGAAGGUUGUGAUGUUCAGGAAGAUCGCAAGGAGCUGGAAACAGUGGGCCCAGGUCACGGGGGCACAGAUUGGCUCCUAUUUUGGGGCGACUGUCUGCGCCGUGGAUGUUGACAGAGAUAGCAGCACAGACCUGGUCCUCAUCGGAGCUCCCCAUCAUUAUGAGCAGAAUGCAGGGGGGCUCGUGUCAGUCUGCCCUGUGCUCCUGCGGAGGGUGGAUUGGUGGUGCGAGUCCAUCCUCCGGGGGCAGCCGGGGCAGCCUCUGGCCCGUUUUGGGGCGGCCCUGGCCGUGCUGGGGGACACGAAUGGGGACGGGCUGGCGGACGUGGCGGUGGGGGCGCCUGGUGAGGAGGAGAACCGGGGAGCUGUCUACCUGUUUCACGGCAUGGCGUCGGCCCAGAUCAACCCCACCUACAGCCAGAGGAUUGGGGGCUCCCAGCUUUCCCCGAGUCUCCGGUACUUCGGACAGGCCCUGAGCGGGGGGCAGGACCUCACCCAGGACGGACUGGUGGACGUGGCCGUGGGCGCCCGGGGCCAGGCACUGCUGCUCAGGUCCCGGCCGGUGCUGAGAGUCGACGUUUCCCUGCAAUUUGUGCCCCCGGAGCUGGCACGGGCUGUGUUUGACUGUGGAGAGCAGACAGUCCCCCGCCGGGAAGCCGGGGAGGCGAGAGUCUGUCUCACCGUUCACAAGACCUCGCGGGACAGGCUGGGUAACAUUCAGAGUUCCGUAACCUAUGAUCUGGCCCUGGAUCCUGGACGCCUGAAUCCCCGUGCUGUCUUCGAUCAGACAAAGAACCGGACCCUGAGGGCACAGCAAACAGUGGGCCUGGGGGUGACCUGUGUGCCUGUGAAGAUGCUGCUACCGGAGUGUGUGGAAGAGUCAGUGACCCCAAUCAUCCUGCGCCUUAACUUCUCCCUGCUGGGCCAGCCCAUCCCCUCAUCUGGUUGGCUCCGCCCCAUGCUGGCCGCAGAUUCCCAGGACCUGUUCACCGCUUCCCUCCUGUUUGAGAAAAACUGUGGCACCGACAGUAUCUGCCAGGAUAACCUCAGUGUUACCUUCAGCUUCUCCAGCCAACAAAGCCUGGUGGUGGGGACGUCUCCAGAUCUGAACAUCACCGUGACCGUGCGCAACGAGGGCGAGGACUCGUAUGGAACGCUAGUCACCUUCUCCUACCCCCCAGGGCUGUCCCACCGCCGGGUCUCUGUGCUCCAGAACCCCCGACAGCCACGGGCCCUGCGUCUCACCUGCGAGUCCACGCGACUGAGGAGCAGCAGCUGCAGCAUCAGCCAUCCCAUCUUCCGGGAGGGAACCGAGGCCAACUUCCUGGUCACCUUCGACGUCCCACCCACGGCCGACUUUGGUAGCACUCUGCUCCUCAGUGCCAAUGCCACCAGUGACAACAACAACCCCAAGAUGAGCAACGCCUUCUUCCAGCAACGGCUGCCGGUCAAAUAUGGGGUCAAUGUGGUCAUCAGCAGCGGGGAGCAAUCCACAAGCUACCUGAACUUCUCGGCGUCGGAGGAGAAGAGCAGCCACGCGCUGCAGCACCAAUACCACGUGAACAACCUGGGUCUUCGGAGCCUCGACAUCACCGUGACCUUCUGGAUCCCCGUGGAGCUGGACGGGCUGCCCGUGUGGACCAAGCCAGAGGUCAUCCCCCCACAGGACUUCCCAGCGCGGUGUGUGAGUGACACAGAAAACCCCCGGGACCCUGGCUUCCGAACCCUCCUGCAGCAGAGCCCCGACCUGAACUGCUCCGUCGCCGUCUGCCAGGUAAUCCGCUGCCCCAUCGCAUCCUUUCAAGUCCGAGAGGAACUCACCUUCACCCUCAAAGGCAUCCUCAACUUCGGCUGGGUGGGCCAGACGAAGCAGAAGCGGUUGUCGGUGCUGAGUUCGGCCGCGCUGCUCUUUGACACGGGGCGGUAUGCUCAGUUUCCCGGCCAGGAGGGAUUCCUGACGGCCCAGACGAAGACCGUGGUGGAGCGCUACAAGGUUUACAAUCCCCUUCCCCUCAUCGUGGGCAGCUCCUUGGGGGGACUGGUGCUACUGGCGCUCCUCACUGCAGGCCUGUACAAGCUCGGAUUCUUCAAACGGCAGUACAAGGACAUGCUGGCUGAGGAAACUCGAGGUGCUGACCCUGCUGAGGAGACUCCCGAUGUGCCCCCCAUCGAGUAACCGCUACUUUCCCCUCUGGGCCUUAAGGAUGGUGUUUCCCUGUUGUGUGUUUUUUUGUGGCUGCAAUUGAGAACCCUGUUCUCUGUGUGUUUGGGUGUGUGCACCCAAGUCCAUGGGCUGGAGAAAGGACCUUGUCCAUGGGACUGUGACCUUAAACCCUCUCCCCUCACCCACACAAGGAACUGCAUGUAGAUCGGCAGAGAGAGCACCGAGCUGGGAGUCCCAAGGUCUGGGUCCUAUUCCUUACAUCACCCAACCCAUUUAGCCUCCAUUUUCCCCUUUGCAAAGUGGGGUUAGUGACACCACCCCUUCCUCCCCCCCACAUCUCUAUGGGCUGGUGCAAAGUUCUUGGGCAGAAUGGCCCUGCAGAGAUUCCCAGCACAGGUGGGAUUAUCUGCGGAUGUGU